CUUUUUCCUAUAAAGAAUCCCCCUCUUUUUGUUAUCUGCCCCCUUCACCUCCUUCUAGAUUUCUUGCCUUCGCGUCUCCUCUCUUUCUUUCGUUCUCUCUCGUUUCUGAUCGGAUUCCGCUUUUAAUUUUGGUCGCUGCCUUCGUGAUGAUGGCUGAGAGUUUGGACGACGGCGAGUUUUGGCUUCCGCCUCAGUUUCUUGCUGAUGAUGAUAAUAUGUUGGAUCACAAGAGUUGCAAUACCAGAAAAAGCAGUGAUCGAAAUUGUUUGUCUCAGUUUGGACGGGCUUCGUUUCCGUUGGAAUUCGGCACUUUCGGGGGAUUUUCAGAUUUCAGUUCUCCGGGCGAAUCAUUGAAGGGUUCCAGCGAGACGGAGAGUGACGAGGAGGAUUACAUGGCUGGUUUAACUCUCCGUAUGGCUCACUCAUCAGUUGAUGACGCCUUCGACCCCGAUAAUGCAAAGGGGAGGGUUGUGUCUGGAUCUCCACAAUCCACUCUGUGCGGUAUGGGGAGCGGCAGUGGCUGCAGUCAAGGCUCCAGUCGCGGAAGUCCAAAAGGCAAUUGUAAGGUCUCGUCCCCUCCGGCUACAUGGGAUCUGCUGCAUGCGGCUGCAGGGGAAGUCGCCAGGAUGCGAACGAAUGACUGCGCCCAUGGGGUUCAUCAUCAUAACAGAGGAACUCCUCAAGUCUCUGUUCCGGUGAACAACUCCAACGCCGGUACCGGAUUUUAUCAGCAGUUGCAUGCUAUGCAGUUUCAGCAGGAGAUUAUGCAGCGACAAAACUUGGCUGCCGGUGAACAGAUGAAUUCUCAUGCAGGGUACCAACAACAGCAGAUCCAUCAAAUGGUUCAUAAUGGAGUGAGGGGCGGGGAAUUCGUUGGAAACAGAGACCAUCGCAGUCGGGGGUUGUCGUCAUCCGCAUGGCUUCCACCGCAGCAGCCGCCUCAAGGCUCUGGGAUGAGGGCUCUGUUUCUUGGAACUCCUCCAGCGGGCAAAAGGGAAUGCGCUGGAACUGGCGUCUUCUUGCCUCGACAUACCGGCACUCAAUCUGAGCCACGCAAAAAGCCAGGCUGUUCUACGGUGUUGGUUCCUGCUAGAGUGAUGCAAGCCCUGAAUCUGAACCUGGACGACAUUUGCAGCCAGCCCCAUCUUCAACCCGUCGCUGCCGGACGAUUCAAUGCGGAGAACGACGUUCUUCUGAGGCUGCAGAUCAACCGCGGCGCGAAUCAACAAAAACGCAACAGCCGUCGGCAGCCACCAACGGACCGUGAACUCAAGCUUCCCCAAGAAUGGACUUACUGAAGUGGAGGCGGUAGAAAGGUGUAGGAGUACGAAAUUUGGUGGAGUUAGUUGGCAUAGUGACAGUACAAAAUUGGCAAAAGAAGAAGACGAGGAAAGAAGAUGAAGAAAAAUGGUAUUUGUUGUUAGUUUUAGAGAAGAAAAAAAAUAUGAAAAAUAAGUGUUUUGGAUCUUCCAAUUAGGAAGAGAUAUUAGAAUUGGUAGCUAGCUAAGGUACAGCAUGUUAUUUUGUUCUUUGUUGGGUGGGGACUCAGGUCACUCAGUCAAAGCCGAUGAACAAGGGAGGAUGGAAAAGUUUAUUUUCCACAUCUUUUGUUUCGAAAUAAAAAAUAUAAAUAAAAAAAAAGUUUCUAGAUUCUAUAAAAGCCAUGUGCAGUGGGGCCUUGGGCACUUUUUGGGGACUCUCACACAAGUCCACCCUCCCCAUUUGCUGUAUGCACAACAACACAAUUUCAAUAAUAUUGAUAUCAUAUUUUACUCUA